AUGACGGUUUUGUUGCGAGACUGGCCACAGAUAGAGCAGAUGUUCUUGCUCGGACCGAUACACUCUGAUGGAGCUUUCCCUAUAGGACCUUCUGACAGGUCCGUGUUGACGGGAUACGCUGACCAUGUCGCUUAUAGGAUAUGGCAGGAGCGUCCAGUGUUGAAGGUCGCUUCUCACAAGUCGAAGUUGAAGAACUUCCCCGAGAGACCGAUGCCUGAGCGAGUGAGGAGGAUAGUUCAGGACUUCCAUCUGAUGGAAUUUGUAGGAUGCUCCCUGACGAUGUUGAAUGCCUCUUUGUUAUCAACUUUUGUUGAGAAGUGUCACCCGGAGACAUCAUCCUUCCAUCUCCCGUUUAGGGAGAUGACGGUGACUUUGGAUGAUGUGGAUGCCCUAUUUCAUCUUCUAAUUGUUGGUGCGUUUUUCACACCAGUUCAUAGGGACCAGGCAAUGGCGGUGCACAUGGUGAUGGAUGCGUUUGAGAUUGAUGAGGUGGAGGUCCUACGUGAGUUUAGUGAAACUCGGGGCUUUCACCUUAGGAUGUCUUGGUUGAUGAGGACUUAUCAGGAACUUGUGGAUGCAGGGAGGUAUCAGGCUGCCGUUAGGGCGUACAUGCUACAACUAUUGACAUGUACUCUCUUUGCAGACAAGUCUGGAGUUUAUAUAGAUGUCCGUUAUCUUUCUCUAUUCAGCGCCCUUGACACCCCAUGUUGGGCUUGGGGAGUGGCGGCUUUGUCGAUGUUGUACACGGCGCUUGAUAUUGCAUCUCGUCCUGACACAAGACAUCUUGCUGGUUACCUGAGCUUGUUACAGUGUUGGAUCUACGAGCACUUCCCUCACAUCUAUGAGCGGAAGAUCCAGCGUGUUGCGGCUGUUGUUCCCUUGUGCGAAGAGAUGGAAGGCCAAACAGGCCAUUCCAGGAGGGUUGAUUGA